GCCUCUCCGCUCGUCCACGUACUACAGUCCACGACAAGUCAUAAUGACCACCGAAGUGCCCUACGCAGCUGACGCCGAACAAUCAUUAUCCUACGAUGAGCUCGAGGUGCUAAGACUGCAAUACGAGAAGGAGACCGAAGCGGGACACGUCACUGUGCAAAGCAAGUUCAAUUACGCUUGGGGACUUGUGAAGAGCCCUAAGUAUGAGGAUCAGGUGUAUGGUGUUAAGUUGUUGCAGGAGAUAUACAGAGCGGAGCCUGCACGAAGGCGGGAGUGUUUGUACUACCUCGCUUUAGGACAGUACAAGAUGGGGAACUACGAGGAGGCGAAACGAUUUAAUGGUUUAUUGCUUGACAAAGAACCGCACAACAUGCAAGCCCAGAGUCUCGCCGAGUUGAUAGACCAGAAGAUGACACGGGAAGGAUACAUUGGCCUCGCACUUGCAGGCGGUGCAGCAGCAAUCGGCACACUCCUCCUUGCAACUCUUAUUCGGCGAGCAAACCGCAAUUGAUUUCUCUACCUCUCAGUUGGUUAUUCUUACUCCCGCCCUUCCUUUUUUUACUGCUUUUUGUCUUUUCAACCAUCACCUUGUCGUAUCGUAUACACCCGUCAUGCAUUCUCUUUGGGCUGGUGUUUCGAUGAAUCUGGGUCUGGGUCGGGACGUGGCGCAAUAUGACGUUGGUUUCGGAAAAAACGUCAUGACGAACUGACUUGCAAUAAAUACUUCCCUUCACUCGUUCUACGAUAUUCCAACUUCAAUACAUAUUUACGGUUAUUGUACAUUCUCAAACACCUCGAAACACCUCACACUCCACUUCCCUAAAAUUCCUUUCAUUGACUCAAACAAAAACAAUUACACUUGUAUCUCAUACAUACAUACACAUAUGGUAUAACGAUAAAUAGCAAUCCAUCGUGGUGAUGUCAUGCAUUGCCUCUUUCUCUCGUCUAA